AUGUCUUUGAGUAGCGAAAAUAAGGAUAGUGUGAAGAGUAACGAAAAAAGGGAUCAGAGUACUGGUCAAGCCAAGCAGGCAGUCCCCACAUCGACUAAUGCCGGCGACGAAGAUGAUUUGGACGAUUUGGACGAUUUAUUAGAUGAUUUCGCUGACGAUGUUUUGAAUAAGCCACCAGGAUCGGCGGUUGGUACUGAGACUCAAGAAAAGGAAGAGGUGAAGACUUCAGCUGAUGAGCCUCUUAAUGACGAAUUUAAGACUAGAAUUGAAGAUUUGGUUAAGGAUUUAAAUAUAGAAGACCCAGAAACCAAGGUGCAAUUUGAGCAAUUGGUUAAGCAAUUUGACGAGGAUCAUAAGGAGGAAGCGGCUGCUGCUUCACAACCACAAAAUUUUGAUAACGUUAUGAAGGAAACGAUGGAAAGAUUGAAGAAAUCAGGCGAUACCAUUGACGAACAAAUAAAGAACGACCAAUCUAGUGGUAAGCCAGAAGAUAUGUUGACACAAUUGCUUGCGGGACUUGGAGGCCCGGGAGCUGGAGGGGAUGGAGAUUUGGAUAUGUCGAAGUUAUUGGUUGAUAUGCUUGAACAAUUAUCAUCGAGGGAAGUGUUGUGCGAGCCAAUAAAAGACCUUCACUCGAAAUUCCCUGAUUACUUGAAAGAGAAAAAGGGUAAGAUUUCCGAGGAAGAACAUGCUAAUUACACUAAGCAAUACGAAAUUUCUGGAGAGAUUUUGGCUAUUUUCGAGGCAACAGAUUACGAUGAUGAAGACAAAGAGAAGAGAGAGAAAGUGAAUAGUUUGUUAGAAUCUUUACAAGAAUUAGGACAACCACCAACUGAACUUGUUGGAGAUUCAGGUGACUUCCCAGGAUUCGGUGGCAUGGGAGGUGGUGCACUUGGAGGUAAUGGAUUAGACUUUAACGAUAAGGACUUACCACCAGACCUUGAAAAAGGAUUAGAAGAGGGUUGUAAACAGACUUAA